AUGAUCUGGAAUAAGUUCACAAUAGUAUUUAGGAAUGAAAAGUACUUGAAAGAAGGAACUAAGGGUAAGUAAAAGUAAAACAGAGUAUGAGUUUAGAGGAACAAAGCAGCUAACGAUAGUCAGUGGAUAUAGAUGACGUUGAGAGUUUAAAAUACCUAGGAUCUUUUUGUAGAAAAGAAUGCUACCGUUCAUGAACAUAUAAAAUAUAAGAUUAAGUGUGAUUGGAUAAAGCGAAUAGAAAUGUCAGGUGUUUCAUGCGACAAUAGAAUUCCAAUGAGAUUUAAUGUUAAGUUCUACUAAAGUUUGGUGAGACUAUGUGACUGACUAGUGACUAUGUUAUAUAAUUCGGAGUAUAUAUUGGGUGUUAUACAAAAAAAAUAAAACAGUAAAUGAGUGUAUCAGAGAUGGGAAUACUUAGGUGUAUGAGUAGAGUAAUGAGAGAAGAUAGAACAAAAAACUAAGAACAUAAAAGGAAGUUUAAGCCUGGCUUUGGUAGUGGAAAAAAUGAGAGAAAAUAGAUUGAGAUGGUUUGAACAUAUCACGGAAUGAGAAGAAUCUGAUGCAGUAAGCAUUGGUAUGAAAAUAAAAUUAAGAAGAAAGAGUUGGAGACGAAGAUUAAAAAAAAAUAUGGUUGGAUAUGAUUAAGAGUGAUAUAAGGAUAGCCGGAGUAAGCGAGUUGGGAGAUCGAGUUAAAUGGAAAUUUAGAACGAGGGUGACUUACAUUAAAUAGUUGGAAUGAAGACAAAAGUGAAGAAAACUUUUUUGUACAUGAAUGUUAUCGGUUGAAUUAAUAAUUGAUUUUGUUGUUUAGAUGAAAAAUUGCAACUGAACACUAUCAACGAAAAUAACAUAGUUGAUGAAUCUAAACCUAAUAUAGUGCAUGUGUACAAGUUUCCAGGUAUUUAUCAUAUAUUUAAACAUUUUAAAAGAGUAUUGUAAGAUAAGAAGAUGUUUAUAUGUUUUACAUGUAAUAUUAUAUGCGUCAACAUUAUUUAAUUUCAUGCAUUUAUGACGAUAAACAAAACAAAAUCGUGUUUAUUAUUGAAUAUUUACUUAUAUAGUGAACAUGAAAGUAGUGAAAAAAGUAAAGUUCGGGUUUUGGACACUUCUGUAAGUUAUAAAUUAUUAUAUUUUGGUAACAAUGAAUUCGGUUAAUUGAGUCGACCGUUUUAUAAUUUUUAAGUAAAUUGAGUUUCACCUAAAAAAAAUGCAAACGUUAAAACGUGUCCCUCGUACAAAAAUGAAAGCGAUAAACUGAGUCCAGUUUGAAAUAUUUAAUGUAGUAAAUUAACAAUUAAUACAAAAUAUUAAUAAAUGAUAUGUAUUGUAUGUUGCUCAUAAUAAUUAAUACUGUAAAAAUUUAAAAAAAAUACAUUUAUAAAGUAAUUAAAAACAAUAUAGAUAUAUAUUACUCGUGUUAUUAAUAAUAAUUAAUGCUGUUAAAAUAUGAAAAAUAAAUGAAUAUAAAAUAAUUUUCCAUAAAAUAUUUUAUUUUGGGUAAAUAUUUAAAUGAUACAACCUUAAUAAAGUAAAUUCCACUAAUUUUAUUAUUCUUGUGUGUACUUCGUCUAUAUAUUCUUUAUAUAAUUCUCUUUUUCGGUAUUUUGAUUUGACUUUCACUAAUUGUUUUACUUCUAAUCUAAAUUUAUAUAUUAGAUUGGAUUUCCUUGAGUGUGUCAAUAAAAUUAUAAAUAUUUGGAUAUACGGUAUAAAAUAAACUAUUUAGUUUCACGCGAAAUGAUUCACAACUAUUUGUUGUACGAUUUGACGUUGUCGAAAGUUCAGCCUGAACACUAGGUGGCAAUGUGUAUGAUGUACGUAAAGAUUAUUUAAAUUGUUAAAAAAUAACAGUAUUUGAUCAUAAUUCAUAACUCAAUUGACCGCUUUCACUUUUUUUUACGAGGGACUCAAUUUACCGCUUUCAUUUUUAUACGAGGGGCUUAAUUUACCAUUUACAAACCAUUUUUGACAACUAUUGUUUAUAUUGUAGUAGAUAAUAAUAAAUAAUAAUAAUAAUAAUAAUGUUGUAAGUACGCGAAAAAAGUUGAAAUAUAACAGUACCGUUUCAAGCCAAGAGCAAAAUACGUACUAUGUCGGGAAGUUGCCGUUGUCGGCGACGACGUCUGAAAUAAACACAGCCCGAUAUUCAUUAUCAUUGAAUAACAAUAAUUAUUAUUUCUACAAUACUUAAUAAUUUAUAUACAUGUCUAUAGAGGUCGUCCAGAAUCACAAGUUUAUUUUAAAAAUGAAGAAACUUAUAAACAAUUUAUAAGUGUUUUAAAAGAUAAAUGGAAGAAGGGUUCGCCUUUAAAAAUCCUAAUUCACGGAUGGUUGGACAGAUAUAUAUCGGUAAAACGUAUGUUUGGUAUAAAAGAUUGUAAGUAUUUUCCGGGGUAAUUUCGAUACAUGGCUAUAGAUCUAAUAUAUUAUACAUUGUGAUCAACAUAACGUUAGAUGUAAGACACUCAUAUCUUGGAGGACCCUGGUGAAUGCAUAGCAAAAAAAAAAAAAAAAUUUAUAAUAUAUUGGUUAAUAUAGAAUUUUCUCAGGUUUAUAUUACAAUAUUAUUAAAUAAUUUAUGAUUAUCAGGGUUCGGGUUUUUUUUUUUGAAGUUUUUAUUUGCUUUUUGGUGCAUUUUAAGUGCUAUAAGUCCCGAACCCUGACGAUUAUCAAUAAAAUUAAAUAAUUUAUUGUUACAAAUUUUAUUGGUUUUUCUCCGGUUCCAAUAUUUUCAAAAUCGUUAUUAUUAUACUAUAUUCAAUUAUAUUAAUUUAACUUGUAUAAAUGUCCAUUAGAUUGUCAAGGGUAUUCCAAAAAAAUAAAAAUAAAAUAAUAAUCUAUAACUUUAAGCGUCACAUUAAGCAAUUUUUUUUAUAAGUUUCAUAUUAUUAUUUUGAUUAAAUAUUUAUGAGCAUAUCAUAUUGUAAUAUUUUUUUUUGCUUAUUUAUUUUUUAAUAAUUUCUUCUGACCAAUCUACAUUGAAAUGAGGUAAAAACCAAUAAAUUAUUUUAUUAAUAAUAAUAAUAUUGAGUAGUAUAAACUAGAGAAAAGUCAAUAUAAACCAAUAUGUAAUUACUAAUUAGCUUUUUUUGUUCACUCUCAAUUUACCGGAUACCAUCUCGGAAAGUAUUACAUUUUUUUUAACUAAAUUAAAAUUAAAUUUUUUGAUUUCUGUAAACCCAUUGAUGAUAUAUUCGAUUUAUAAGUUUAUACAGAAGGAGAGUGGUGGGACACUUUUAAAACGCCUUUAAACCGCAUUAAUGAUACACCAAUACUCUCUCUUUAGAAGUUAAAGAAAGAGUAGUGAUGAAGAAACUUAAAGAAACUUAAAAGUGGAAUAUCUCAUGAACAAGAAUUAAAAAUAUUAACAGUAAAAUGUUUAAUAUAGAUUGCAAUUUGAAAUUAAAAAUAGGUAGUGGUUUCUCCCGUUAAAAUAAGAGUGACAAAAUAAAAAAAAAGAGUAAUGCAACGUCUUAGAGCUACUUAUUUCUUAAAUGUUCAAAACAAAUUCCAAAAAUAAUUAAUACUUUCCCCAAUAAUUAGUGUCUUACCUUAUGUUGAUGUACAAAUUGAAAAAGGCUCUCAAAUGAACAAUAGUUACCCGUAUGGUAAUAAAUCGUUUUUACGUAUUUUUUCUCGUUUUUUUCCCGGUGUAUCCUAAUUAUUAAGGAAACUAAAAAAAAAAAUAUGAUCUCUUCAAUGAACCAGUGGGACAAUAUUUUAGAUUCUGAGUGUAGCGAUGUAUUGGUUUUAUUAAGAUGUUUAAUUUUAAUUGUUUUUUUUUUAUGUGAACAAUCAGAAAGCUUACUCUGAUGUAUACUAAGUAGACUUUCUCUUGAAUGGAAAUUUUCUUUUUACUUUAAAAUGAUUAUUUUUUAAUUUUCUCAUAAAAUGUGAAAACUAAAAAUACAGAGGAAAAUCGGUACAAUAUUAAACAAAUAUUAUUAAAGAAAAUAUAUAAUACUUAUAUACUUAAUAUUUUAUUAUUUUAACAUAAUAUGAUAUAUAUAUAUAUAUUGUUGACAAAGCAUUACUAUCAACUGAACUCCGCUCAGAAUCGUUUUAUCGUUAGCAAUGGUUUUUCGUUGCUUACAGAUAUACAUUAAAUUCCCUUCUGUAUCCUACCAGCCCAAUUUCCUAUCCACAAUAAUGGCUGCACCCUUUCCCAUUCUCCUAAGACAGCUUUUCUUGUUUUGUUUUAAUGUUACACUUGAUAAUUGGAACAGAAUUUCUUGUAGAAAAGUUAUUUACAGACACAAUAAAAUUAAAUUAAAUGCACAUACUAUAGUAAAAGCAAUAUAUUCUCGCUAUUACCUUUAAAAUCUAAGUAUAAUUUAUAAACGUUUGAAUUUAAAUAAAUAACCUAAUGCUUUGCAAGAGCCCAUAAUCAAAUAAAGAGAUUUGUAUGUUUUUACGAAAUAUUGAUUAUAUGGCUUUUAUGCAUUUCCAAUUAGUCAGUAAUUUGCAUAUUAUACACCUUAUUAUUUGCAUAAUAAUAAAUAUAAUAUAUAAAUUGUAUUUAAUCAUGCGCGCCACAAAUUUUAAUAAUAAUUGUUUAGUAACUAAAUUUGUUUUCCAAUCGGAUAUUAUGCUACAGCCUAUGUAAGAACAAACCACUUCAAUGUUAUAACGGUUGUCUGGCAAAAAUUAGCAACUGAUAACAAUUAUUCUACGUUGGUCAAUAUAAUUUUUGAUGUGGGCGUAAUAGUUGGAAACUUUUUAAGUAAUUUAUACCAUCUCAACUUUGUUGAACCUAAAGAUAUACACAUAAUUGCUCAUGGUUUUGGUGCCCAGAUUGCAGGAUACAGUGGUUAUGCUUUCCAGUUUAAUACUUAUGGAAACAUGAUUGACAGGAUUACAGGUCAGUAGUGAACAAUGUCUAUGUAUCUGGCAGUUAAUUAAACUGAAUUAUUACGUGACUUAUACCUACAUAUUCUAUAUAGAUAUAUUAACUGUGCAAAAUAAUUGCGGUGGUCAGUGAAUUAUUUAUGAUAAAAAUAUUAUAUGUUUAUGCAACCACCUACAUCUGUUCUAUCUUGUUAAAUUUUCUUAAUGAAAAUAUAGAAAGGAUAAGUCGAAAUUACUAAAAUCUCAUGUCACCUAGGAACAGUCUAAAUAAAAUUUUAAAGACUAUUAGAAAACGGAAAUCCUACCAACAUCUCAAAAGGUAACAGGGGAAUUCGUAGUGGAAAAAGCCAGAACCGACCUCUCGUUUUUAACUUACUCGUACUUCAUAACCAAAUAUGAUCACUAAAGAAGAUCCACCAACCAAAUUUAACAACUCAGUAUUCAAUAUAAUAUAAUCAUAAAUUCCCAGUAUGCGAAAUUAAAUUAAAUUAAAUUAAAUUAAAUAGAAGAAGCCCUCAUUAAAGAUAAUAACAUAAAAACAAUGAAUGUUCUUAUCCAAAUAAAUUUUGUUAAUAACCAGUAAAAUUGUGUAUACUACUAAUCAUAAAUCAUGAGAUUUUCAUUUUCAGUUGUAUAAAUAGAAACAUGUUAUUAUUUUUACAAUCUAAUAAUCUAACUAGUUAAUAAUAGCUUUUGCAAUGUUGAAUAAAUAAUAAGAAAAAAAGUUUCAAAACAAACUUCAAUAUAUUAGAUAGGCACAUCAAAUUCGAAAUUUUUACUAAGAACGCUGUGUAAGAAUACUUAACAAAUUUGCUAGGAAAGUCAUCCAUUUACAGUCAUACAAUAUAUUUAAUUACUAUCAAUUGUUAUUUCAAUACAGGUUUAUAAUCUAUGUAGUAUAUACAAUUUUUUUUUUAUGUAUGAUUUUCACGGUGCAGCAUUGGAUCCACCCCAUUCGAAAAUCGUUAAUGAGGAAUCUCGCGCCAGAUAUAUUUUCAGACAAUUAUCAAAGGAAGACGCGAAGUUCGUGGAUGUAAUCCACACGUCAUCAGAAAUUAUAGGCAUACCCGAACCCUUAGGGCACGUUGAUUUUUACCCCAACUACGGAAGGUCACCACAGCCGGGUUGCAUGAACUCUCAAUCGACUAAUUUACAAGGUAUAUAUGUGAUAUGAUGAUAGAAACCUAUACGGAAGUAGCUAGGUACAUAGUUAUACAAAGUAUUAUAGACGAUGCAUAAACAACAACGUAAAUAUUAUAAUUAUUUAGCAAAAUGCAGUCAUCAGAAAUCGUGUGAAUACUAUGAGUAUUCCGUGACCACUACAAACACGACAAACAUAGCUUAUGUCGAAUGUGCUGCGGAGGAAUAUUUUAAUAUGGGCAUAUGCGCAGAUAGCAAACAAAAUUUUUUAGGACAUCAUGUAGAUCGCAAGUAGGUAUGGUAAAUACAGUUUUCAAACCGGUCAAAAACUGUUUAGUGCCUGAUUUCAUUAAAUGUAUUAUCUAUACUUACAGAAUAUCUGGGAAAUUUUACCGGAAUUUCAGCUAUAAUCCGUUUAACAAAUUAUUAAUAUGAAUAUGCUGAGUGUAUAAUAAUAAACGAUGAAGUAUAUUAUAGGUGUAAUAAUAUUAUGCACCUUCAAUAAAUACAAAAUUUACCGACCUACCAACCUACAAAGAAUAAUACCAUAUCCGAUUCAUCUAUCUACCAUUUCUAGAUAAAACAUUAUAAUAUUGUCUUUCCAACAAAAUGUAAUUUAUAUAAUAGUAAUUAUAAUAUAAAUACCUAUUUCAACUUGUUGCACGACAUACAAAUAUUUUUUUGUUUUAUAUCAUAAUAAUAAUAUUAUUAUUAUUUCUUCAAUGUUAUUGCCUGUGUUUGAGACUCAUACGAGUAGCACUUGCUUAUACUUUUUGUCUUGAAAUCUAGUGGAUUAUUAUGAAAAUGUAUGCCACUUAUUAAUAAUAUGGUUAUAGCAUAAUCGAGUUGAAUGGAUCUUGGAGACAUUUUAAUUAAAAUAAAAUAAUGAAAUUAUAUUCAAAUAGGUAUGCACAAUAUUAUAAGAAAAUAAGCGAAAUUCAGGCUUGGACUAACUUAGAUAUAUGGACGGUUAGUACGACGUGUUUAAACCCCUAGGGCUAUUCAAUGGCUGAGGGGUUUGGUUUUUAUUCUAUUAAUAGGUACGUAAUAGAAUACAUAAAAUGAAUCAUAUAAAAUGAAUGUUUUAAAUAAUACAAUUUUGUAUCAUAAAUUCAUAAAAUUAAAAAAACAAAAAAAUAACCGUUUUACUUACCAACAAUAAAAAUUAGCCAUACCAAAUAAUAAUAAUCAAUUAGUAAAUAAGGAAAUUAUUGACACUUUUCUCUGAACUACACAAAAUUAUGAAAGAUGUAACGUGCCAAAAGUUUGCCGUCAUUACAUUAGUUUUAACACUGGUAAAUCUCCAAAUUUCAAAUUUUGAAGAAAUUUCAAUUUUUUUUUUUUUUUUAGCGCUUCUUCAAUAAUUUUAUCAUUGAUUUCAUAACUUUUCGUUUUUAUUUUUCUAGACAGUCGGACCGUGACACCAUAUUUUUGUUUUAUUAUUUAAUUUAAUAUUUAUAAUUAGGUUGAUACAUAAUAUUAUAUUGUAACUUUUUAUCCAAUGCCUGCUUAUACCUGCCUAUUACAUUAAUGUUAAAAUUGAAAAGUUCCUCAAAUAAUAGAAUCUAUUCAAGCCCCUCUCACACCCCUAUUAAAAAAUCCUGCGAACGCCACUGGGUAUACGUGUAUUUAAAAUACAUGUGUAAAAUCGUUGUCCCUACUUGUUACCGGCCACAGACACGGUGAAUAUUUAUUAAGUUUUUUCAACGUGAUAUCCGUAGUAACUAUUAAUUAACAAAGUAACCUAAACAAUUUGUGUAGUACGAUAGGUGUAGGUAUACAUACUUUGCAUGGUUUGUUUAGUAAACACAGGUGAUGAUCUGUUUUUCGAAUAAGCAACUAACGGUUAACAACACAUUUAAUCGAUUUUUAAUAAACCAGUUAUUUUUUUAUUAUUAUAUUUAGUGUUAUGCCAAUCUUAUUAUUGUGAACGAAAAUUGAAAUUAUUAAAUUAUUAGAAAAAAUGAAACAAGUAACCUAUUUUAAAAUCACUUUUUUCGCGAUCAUUUUCUUUAUAGGUAAGUGUUCGUGGUUUAAAUAUUGUAAAAUGGUAAUCUUUAAAAUUAUAAAAAAAUAGUUACAGUAAGACUUAAAAAAAAAGAUAGCAUCCUUUGCAAUUAUUAAACUCAUUCUAACCCGUGGAGGGAGGCUUUACUUCCUCGCAUUUAACAUUUUAAACACUAUUCAGUUAUAUGUAAUUUACAAAAAAAAAAAAAACCAAUAAUAGGUAUUCCUGCCGGCUACAUGUUUGCUCACGUAAUAUUUAUUUAUUUUACAUGUAUUAUCAUCAACAAUAUUAUAAUACUAAAUUUAAACAAAUCUAUUUACAAUAUUGAAUAUAUCUGAGUUGAUAAUAUAUAUUUUUUUUGAAAUCAUCAUUAAUUGCAAAAACAGACGUACAGUCCUUCCAUCCAAUACUAAUAACUACUAGUAAAGAGACCCAUAAAAAAAAUGAAAAAUAAUAGAGGCACUCCAUUGCCUUACAGCCCCCCUCCCAAAUUCGAGCACUGUAUAUAAUGUUUGUUUUUAUUAUUAUUUAUAAAUUAUCGACAAAAUAACUCAAUAAAAAUGUUUUAAUUGAUUAUUUUCUAGUUUUAUAUAUUUUGUGUAUUAUGUUGCGAGCGUAUUUUCAAAUUCAGAGUCGGGGGCUAAGUCGAAUGAGUAAACACAAUAUUUUAAUAUUUAGUUAAAAUAUAUUCUAACACUUUUUAAUUAAUUUACAAGUCUCAACUAUCGCCACUUUAAUUUGACUUCACGAAUAACAUUGUGGCCCGUAAUUAUAUAAUUAUAAUAUUAUAAUAUUUAAAAGGAAUAAGCCGACGCCCGUAACAAUUCAAUACAAUCAAUUUUAAUAGGUAAAACAAUUAAGUGUAGACAUGGGUUGUUAAAUAUAGAUUAUAAAAUAUAAAUUUGGUUCAAAAAGUCUUUGAAAAAAAUCAAAUAUAAGUAGGUAUACUUAAAUACAUACCUAUUUAGAAAUAUACGAACAAUAAAUUAUAUUCUUAAAAAAUUAUCUUAUAUUUAUACAUUUCAUAUAAUAAUUAUUAUUAUAACUACAAUAUUCAUUUUAUACUUGUAGGUAUUAUAGUUUCGUUAUUUUACAGUAAAAUUGUGAAUUGUUUUCUGCCAUAUUCAUUUUUUUUUUUUUUUAGGGGGGCUUAAAAACUACCAAACAAUAUAAUAAAAACAUAACUAAUUCUAUUUGUAAUGAAGGUAUACACGAUGUGAAGAAUACUUCAAACAAUGGACAGUUAAGGCGAAGGAAAAACAAUCCAAAAAGUAAUAAUGUUUAUUUAUUUAUUUAUUUUUAGAUAAAUAUACGGGAUUGGUCCAAUUUAGAUACAUUACAUUAAUAAAUUAGUCGAUUAAAAAUAAACAUUCAAAAGACAGUAAAUUAAUAACACACAGCAGUACAGUAAUAUUAUAAAAAAAAAAUUAAAAAUUAAGUAAGGAAUGAUGAGGCCAGCUUGAUCGUAAUAUACAAAGAAUCAUUUUUAAAUAAUGAGUAGGACAAAUAGGGAUGGAAAAGAAAUGGAAUAACCGAAGAUUUUAUAGGAGUCAUAAGAAAAUUGACGUCACUUAAAAACACAGGAGCAUCAAUUUAAAAUAGGAAUUUAAUAUUUUUGACAAAAAAACUAUAUUACUCUCGACCCUUCUGUCGGCUAAAUAUUUUAAAUCAAAAACAGGGGCACGAAAAACAGGAGAGUAGUGGAUGACAAACGAUUUUCAAAACAUAUGCACAGAACUUAUGGAAUUUUCGCUAAACACGAUCAAGCUGAUACUUAUCAAUCAAAGUGAUGAGAUCCUAGAAUACUACACCGUAUUCCAAAAUAAACUGAGCAAUAAAGGGAUUUAAUAGAUGCAAAUAAUUUAAAAUCGACGCAAACCCUCUUGACAAAGCCUAACCAUUUAAGGACUCUGAAGAAUAUAUUUUCAAUAUACGAACGAAAACUCAAUUCACUAUCGAAAAUAAACCAGGAUGAAUUACCUCAUUUGAAGACGAAAUCAAUUUAAUACCUUUGAAUAGGUAAUUAAAGACUAAAGGAUUACGAAUUUUUGAUUAAAUCAUAGUAUACCAUUGUAAGAUAUGCUAUGAAAACACAGCUAUAACACAAUAUCAGCCUAAAGCAUCAUUGAGAUAACGUCUUCCUGAAGAUGAAAAUAAUCAAGAACAGAACUUACUUUAAGAAAAAGCUUAAUAUCAUCGAAAAAUAUGAGAAAUUACAAUAAUUCAAGGCAUCAGGAAAACCAUUUAAAAAUAUAAAAAAUAGAAGUGGUGACAAGUGACCAUCUUGUAGAACACUGAAAAGAACAUGUCAGUAAUUAGUUUGAACACCAUUAAUUUUCACACACUGUUUUCUACCACUUAAGUAUGAGCCGAAUUAAGGCAGUUAUUCUUUGUACAUUAAGAUGGCUGCAAUACGACUGCGUGCAUUUUUUAUUCAUUAUAUAUACAUAAUUCCAUAUGAUUUUAAAUAAAAUGUUGCCACUCAAUUCAAAACACUGUCUUUUUUACAAUAGCCAACAAAUCUAUAUUUGUAUAAAUGAACUAAUGCUAAUUCAUUACCUUGUUCCGAAUUAAUUAUUUCUAUACAUGAAUUAUUUUUAUUUCAUAUACAAUAAAAUAUAAAAUCUUAAUAUCUAUCUACUGAUAGUCACUAACUAAACUAUGCAUUUGGUACGUGAGCAAAUGUUUGGUACGAUAAUAAUUUUAUCUCAAUGUUAAUUUUAUGCAUAUAUUUAUUUUAUAUAUUUAGUUAUAGAAGACCUUUAUAAUUACGAUAGACAACAAAUUCAGAAUAGACACAAGCAACAAGCACAAGUAUUAUAAGCAAUAUUAUAAUUAAAUAAAUGAAAAUUAUUAAUAACACACAAAUUUAUAAUUACAUCAUUAAUACAUUCAGUAGAGUCGGUAGAAUUAACAAAACUUAGAAUUAAUUUUUUUAAGAAAUAAUAUUCUCUGAUAGCAAUUUAUCAUAAUCCCUUCAGGUCAAAAUAUAAGUUGCAGCAACUUAGAUAGCAGUGACAUUGGAAACCGUACAUAGAAGACAUACAAUGAAUACCUUUUCACCAUAAUUUAAGAAAUGAUUACAUCAAUGUCAUUAAAUAAUUCAAGUUUAAGCUGCUCAGAUAUUAAAUCUCAAGAUAAAUAUAUCAGUAAACGAAAUAACUGGUACUGCAGCGUAUUCUUUAAUUACUUAAUAAUUAAUCCUUACAUUAUAGUUACAACAAUUUUGAAUGGCACAGACAAAUUAAUGAACUUUACAGAAUUGACAUGAAGAGUAAAUUUAGAAAUUGAUUGAAUAUCAACUACAAGACGGUAGAGUCUGCUAUAGACUUGAGGAUGAUUCAGACGACAUGGAAAUAUCAAAAUGGUUUAAUUAAUCAUAUAUUCAAUAAGCAUAGGUUUGGUUUACUUACUAAGCUAAGCAGUAAGCUGGUCUAAAUUAUUACUUAUUAUCAGCUGGUACCUUAAAAGUAGGCAAUAGUCAAUAAUACUAAACAGUGCAGGCCACACCAGGAACAAAGAUAUAAACCGCCUUGGAUAGACAAUUUAAUAUACACUAAGAAAGCUGAAAAUAGAAAACAGCGAUCGACGGUAUAAGCUGGUUAAUAAAGUAUGAUAGGUAAUCACCAAAACAUAUAAAAAAUAAAGUGAACAGGGCGGUGAAAUCAAACGAAAUCAUGACAGCAUCCAGCUAUUCUUCUAAACCAUAAUAGUAUGAAAUAAUACAGUGUGAGAGAAAAAAAAACACGAAAAGUUAAUAUUUAAUUUUAUAAUGUUACUUUGAUGAGCAGAUAAUUGAAGUUAAAUCAUACAAUAAAAUAUUUAAGAUAAAGCUAUUUUAAUAUAUUUGAUUGCCCAAUAUAAUUAAUAAUUAAAUACUUUUUUUUUCAAUGAAUUUUAUUUGAUUUUAUUAUCAUUAUUGUUAGUUGAUUUUUUGAUUUAGAUGAAAGAUCAGAAUGGACUAUUAUCAUCGAAGGAACUACUAACUCAGGUCAAACUAUUACAACUAGUGAAAGUGAAACUACCAAAGAAUGUUCAUACAUAGGUAUGUUUAAUGUUCGUUAAAGAUAUAUUUCAACAAUUAGAACAAAUAUUGUAAGACAGAUCUAUUUAAUAGGUCUUUACAUUAUAUAUUAUACAGGAUGAUUCACUAAACAUGCUCCCCCCAUUUUUUUGAUUAAAUUUUGCAUUUAUUCAAAUUCUAAUUUUUGGAAUUUUAAGUGCAAAGUCGAUAUUUUCGAAUACUUAGAUUUUUUACUACAUUUAAGGAAUAUUCUGUGAUGGUACCAUUUGUGGUAGUAUGAUUGUGGCAGUAUGAUAUAGUAAUUAGUAGUGCGAUAUAAUAUUUUAUUACCCUAUGGUAAUAUUGUGUUAUUGUCGUUUUCCUAGUAAUUAUUGCCACUACUGAAUAACUAUAGGUGAAAAUAAAAUCAAACUAGUCACGUCUGAUCAGACAACAAAUAUGGGAACAUGAGAAGUAUAUAUAAUAGAAAAUUAAAUACUUACUUUUAUAAUCCGUGACAUAAUGAUUAAUCAUAAAAAAAAAAACUCUAUUUUCAACGCUGAUAUGCAAAAGGAAGAACACGCAAGCUAUGUUAAUAAGUUAUAGACAAAGGCGUAUUUAUAAAUUAAUAAUGAGAUGGGGAGGGAGGAGCACAAAAAAACCAAAUAAAUACUCACAGUUUAAAAAUGUACAGUUUCUUUAACAAUAGAUACGUCAUGUUGUUUUAGAUUCAGAGUGUAAAAUGAAGAAUGUAUUGGUUUUAAAUAAUUUUUUUUUUUUUUAUAUUUAUAUUUUGACAAACAUUUUUACCAGAAAUCUUGCUUUGAUAUGUAUGAAUGACACCAUUUCUGAAAGGAAAUAUUGUCUAGGCGGUACUUUAGAGGAAUCCCGGAAAAAAAUCCCUGCAAAUAAAUCCCUAAAGCAACUAUAAUGUCAAAAUUAUAUGUAUAAAAAUCGAAUUGAAUAUAAUUUAAUCAUUAAUGGUUUGAGUCUAUAGUGUGCACACAGCUGUCAAAAAUAAUAAUAAUAAAUAAUUUAAAAAAUAUAUAAUAUCGUAUGUAGGUAUAAUCAUUAAAACAUAUUUUAAUUUUUCCCUUAUGUGGGUUUAAUUAUUUCCAUAGUUGCACCUUCGUACAGUUUUAAAUAAUUACAUUUAACAAAAUUACUCAACAGAAACUGAAGAAGCACUAACAGUAAUGCCGGGGGUAAUAUUCAUGUAAUUAGUAAUAAAUAACAACGUGUAGAUACCAAAUAUGUAUGUCUAUAUCAUUUUUAUUUUCCUAAUUCCACAAUUUAUCGCUCUAAAAAAUUGAUUUUAGAUAUUUGGCAAUUAAAAUUAGUUAUGCGGGUUUCCUUUAAGAGAGCAGAUAGCACAGUUAUACUCAACAAAUUAUUAUUUUUUUGAAUAUUUACUAUUUCAUUUGUAAUCUAUAGACUAAAAAACUAUACGGAUGACAAUGAUUAGACGAUAAUUUAUACAUACAUGUAUAAAUUAAAUUAAAAUAGGUAUGUCUGUAAACUUCUUUAAAUAUUAUUAUUAUUGUUAUUGAUAGUAUAGUUGUUUUGGGGAUUUAUUUGAAGCGAUUUUUUUUUCGGAUUAUCCUUUAGAGAGCUCAUUUUUUAAAUCGCAAACGGUUUUCAUAUUAUAUGAAAAAACACAGGAUAUUGGUUUGAAAUAUUUGAAGAGAUUUUAAUUUUUUGUUAAAAUUUAGUUUAAAAUAUUUGUAUAUACUUAAUAAACUUGAAAUUUGGAUACAAAACUUAUAUUUGUCUAUUCUAAACGCGGUAAAACUGUAAAAAAAAUUAAGAUAUUUAUAGAGAUUUUCAUUUUGUUAGUAAUUUUUAUUUGGUAGGUACUCUGUGGGUAAAAUUGUUAAACUAAACUUAAAUACUUGACAAUUGAAGAGGAGGUCAAUUAUAAGUCGUACUUUUUGGUUAAAAGGUUUCAUGUGGUAUUUUUAUAAGAAUUUUAAUAUCAAAUUUUUACAAAAAUCGUUUUAGUAAAAAACUGGUUCAUAAUAAUUAUUUCUAUAUAUAAUUAUUUUACAUUGGCAAAUUAUAUUCUCUAAUCUAAUCUACAAAUCAUAUAACAUAUUUUAGUAUCGAUUUGGAGUCACAACGACAAAAAAUAAAAAAUACGGACACUGGCGGCACGUGUUGCUAGCGUCCACAACAAAAAACGCUUUUUUUCAACGCUUAGAAGAAUUGUACAAAUUUUGGGGUUUCUAGUACAAAUAUGUAAAAAUUAUAAAUGAAAUUUUGUUACCGGUUUUGAGUAAUAUUACUGACCUACGGAGGCCAGCGAUAUGCAGCUAAAAUUUAAUAUUAAAACGUAUAAAAAAAAAACUACAUUACACUAAACAUUUUUUUUUUUUUUUACCACAUAAUACAACUUAUAAUGAACUUCCUACUAAAUUUUCAAGUAAUUCUGUUUAGUCUUAAUAAUUUUAUUCAUAAAGUACCUACCAAAUUAAAAUUAUGUCGGAAACUCUCAAAAUUAAAUGUCUAAAAAUAGCUCAAAAGUUUUAAAAUUUAAUCACGUUUAGAAAAGCUAAAUGUCAGUUUUGUGUCAAAAUGUCAAGUCUCUAGGAAUAUUUUUAACUGAAAUGCAACCAAAAAACUUAAUUUAAAAUAACAAAACCAUUAUUUUCGUAAAUUUUCCCGUUCUUUCUAUGUUUUUGUCAGUUUUGUCAGAGAAAAUCAAAACGUAUUACUUUUACAAAGUUGUGUACAAGUUCAUCGAUCGUAUCUUUGUCAUCCUAAAUUAGAGAAGGCACGGACUGCUUCUCGCAAUGAAAUUAAACUACCUGGUACGUCGUAGAUUUGUACAAUGUACAACAAACUCUUCAUUCGUAAUCGUAAAUUGGGGUUGAAUUAAUACUGUACAUUUACGAAUUACGGAGUGUCUCGUAAAACACUAACACUGAUUAAUCGGAAAUAUCAAAUAAGUACUAUUAACUGACUAAUUUUAUCAACAUAUCUAUUAUAUUUUUAACAUUCGAUAUGCCUAGCUAACGGAUAUACGGCUAUAUCGAAUAUAAAAAUCCGUUUUAAAAAUAAUACUACGUGUUUCAAUCCAGGUCAAUAGACUUCGUAAGCAAAUUUUUCUGAUUAGGUGUGUAAUAAUUUUUAAAUAUUCAUAACAUAACAAGUAAAUGUGUUAUUAAAAAUUGCUUAGUUAAUUAUUUCAUAUUCGUGGUUCAAAUUGUCCGAGCAGAAUCAAAUUGCCCGAGCAAUGUACUUACACAUUGUCCGAGAUUCAACAUUACCCGUAACAUAUUUAAUAAAAUUUUUUUCCGACGAAGCAAAUAAAGCCCUGAGUAAUAAUCGUGUUAAUUGUUUAUCUUUAUGUAUAGUGAACCCAGAAGUAGUAGAUAAAGUCAAGUUUAAGUAUUGGGAACACGAGUAAGUUAAACAUUAUAAUAGCUUGGUAGUCAAAUAUUUAAAACAAAUUCAAAAUUAUUAUAAUAAUAAAAUAUUUGAAAAGACUAGUUUUUAAUAUAUAUUUCUAUAGAAAUCGCCCAGGUGAAGUAAUUGAACUUGAAAAUGAAAUCACAUUAAAAUAUUUGUGGAAAAACGAAUCAUCAUUAAAAGUCGUAAUCCACGGAUGGCGUGGUAGUGAUACGAUUAGCGACAAUAUUUUUCGCAUAAAAGAUAGUAAGUAAUUUCUGAGGUAAUUUCAGUAAUUGUGUAGUGUAUAAUUUAUUUUUAUUUUACAUGUAAACGCCAGAUGGCAAUUCCAAAUAAUAGAUACAGUAUUACAUUUAGUCCCACGUUAAAAAAGUAAUUGUUAAUAUAGGACAUAUACAGUUGUGAAAGAGAAUUAUUAUAAAAAAGACGCCCUAAGAUAAUGGAGACGGGUGUAGGCACUGUUAAAGAUUAUUUAAUGUAUACCUGUAAGCAACAAUAAACCAUUGCUUACGAAAAAAUGAUUCUGAGCGGAGUUCAGUUGAUAGAGAUGAUCUUUCAACAAUAUACAGUGAAACCUCUAAAUACCGGAUACUCUCGUCGCCGUAAUUUUCUCCUUUAGAGGUGUCCGCUAGUCAGAGGGUGAAAAAUAACUCUGAUAAAUUAAUAACUAUGUACAACAUUUACAUAUGUAAUAUGUAUAUUUUUAUUUUUUUAAACAAAUAUUAAUUGUACAUAUUAUUAUUUAACAUUAUAUUAUUAUUUUGUAUGUAAAAAUACUAAUGAAAAUAUAAAUGAAAAUUAACAUUUAUUGACAAAAUCAGUUACUUUAGCUUGUUUAAGACCUUGAUUUGCUAUAAAAUUUCCAUAAAAAUGUCCGUUAUUUAGUGUCCGGUGUUUAAAGGUUUUCCUAUAUAAAAGUGAUGAAAAUAUCCUCGUUCCUGAAAAAUCGUCCGCUAUUUGGAGAUGUCUGCUAUUUAGAGGUGUCCGUUAAGGGAGGUUUCUCUGGUAUAUGUCCCUGGUAGUGGUAUAUGUCAUUUUAUGGUAAAAUAAUUAAAUAGACUUUAUAUAUAUUUUUUUUUUUAAUAAUAUUUGUUUAAUGUUGUACUGUUUUUCCCAAUUUUCGUACGUUUUUUCCGAAGUUUUUUCCUAGUGAAAUUUCCUUUUGAAAACAUUGCUAUCAUUAAAAUUUGAAGAAAAAUUACCGAUAGAAAAUUUGUGCACAGAAAAAAAGAAGGCCGUCAUAUAUUCUAACUAUACUCUAUACUCUACUAUACCAGCCCACAAUAGAUCAUUACCGUGUCACGACCAAAACAUAUCCGAUUUCGCGCAUACCCCACCAAUCGGCAUACAGACAGCUGUUCAGUAACGGCCGACAACGCUCAACGCUAUACAGUGUGGGACGUAACAUAAUACAUAAAUUAGAUACAGUCUGUUGUAGUGAGGACGUGCAUUGUUACUGUCAUCUGUGUCGAGCGAGCUUACUAAUUAAUUUUAUAUUUUGCAUUUUAUAUAAUUUACACUGUGGUAUAGUGAUAUUUUCGAAAUGGACAUCAAUGUAGAUGAUCCUGCCGUUCAAAAUAUGAAUGAGCAAUUACGGGGUUCAUCCAAUAAAAGGAAUAAAAACGGACAAGUAAGAAUUUUUAAAUUAUUUUUCAGCAGAUAAUAAAAUAUAUAUUGCAUUAUAAUUUUUACGUGUACACAACUCGUGUUCAGAUAAUGUCAUCGGAACACAUUUCCUUAACUGCGAUUUAUUAAUUUAAUUUAUAUUACAAAAAUAAUGAAAUAUUUUAUAAUGUAUUUAAAAUAGAUAUGUAAUACAUUAGUUUUAUUCAUAAAUCAGUAACACUUUCCUUUAUAAAAUACAAAUAAAAAAGAAUUCCAAGUAUUCAAAAAAAUUCAAUAAUCAUAAAAUGGUUCUAUGCGUUAAUUUUUUAACUAUAUUCUUUAUAUCGUAUUUAUAUUUUUUUAUUUGUUUCAGUUUGGCGGAAGCCGACAGAAAUUAAUAAUUAUAAAUCUUUAUGAAGCCAAAAUUAUAGAAAAUUGUGAUAUGAAGUAUAAAGAUUUAAUGGGAUAUUUAUCCAAACAGACCGGUAUUGGAUACAAUACAAUUUACAAUACUGUAAGAGAUUACAAACAAAAUAAAGAAUUGUAGUCACCAAAUAAAAAAAAAAUUCAUCUAACAGUCAACAAAAAGAUUGAUGACUUCAAUAAAAAAUCUAUUAGACAAAAAAUGCAUGGUUCUUGGUUAAGACAUGAGAUACCAACAUUAAAAAAAAUUAUUCAAGCCAUCAGUGACGAUAUGGACUUUCCGACUAUACCAAAAACGUCAUUGCAGCGUGUUUUAAAAGAGUUGGGCUUUGAAUAUUCCAAAAGAGCCCGGAACAGCGCUCUUACUGAGAGAGAAGAUAUUGUGGUAUGGCAACAAAAAUAUAUAAUAGACAUCCGACGUUACAGCAGCGAAGGUCGAACAAUAUAAUUUUUAGACGAGACGUGGGUAAAUGCAGGCAAGUGUUGUAGUUAAGUGCGGUUACACACUACUAUAAAAUCGAAAAAUCCAACAGAUAAGGGCAAGCGGUUGAUUGUUGUACAUAUAGGCUCAGCAGAGGGUUUCGUCAAGGGUGGUCUAUUAUGUUUUGAAUCCAAAAAAAAAAAAAACACAACAGACUUCCACGACGAAAUGAACGGGGACAUUUUUUAUGACUGGUUUUGCGGAGUUUUGCCCAAAUUAAAAGAGAACUCCAUAAUAGUGAUGGACAACUCAGUUACUUCAUACCACUCAGUCAAAAAAUAUCCCUACAAUGGCUCGGAAAAAAGAGAAAAUAGGACAAUGGUUCGAAACGUUGCAUUAUCGAUAAGCCGAAUCGCAUGUCUAUUAAUGGAAAAGGUACAAGAAAUUAGACCUCUUCAUGAUCAAUAUGUUAUUGAUGAAGAAGCAUUGAAAUCGAACAAAUAAUUUUUGUAAAUAAUUAUGCUUCCCCCUCACCCAAUAAAAUGAAAGUUUGAGAUUUGUAUCCGCCACUGGGGAAAUAAAGUACUCUUUUUAACAAAUAAUAUAGGGUAAUAUAGGUUAUUUGUGGUAGAACGGGGGUGGACAUAAGAAAUCAUGAAGAAACACGGAGACAAUAAGAGCUUUUAUUUUUUUAUUAUUUUUUUUAAAAAAAAAUGUAUGGGACAAUAAUAAUAAAAAGUAUCAUAAGUAGAAAAUAUCUUUAUUUCAUAAGAUAAAUUAUACUUUAAUAUUUAAUAUUUAAUUAAUAUUUACACUAUAUUUUUACCAAUCGGAUAAUGCAGCUUAUGUUCGUACCGGCAGAUACAACGUUAUAAGUGUUAGCUGGGAAGAUUUAGCAAGCAAAAUAAAUUAUAUGGAUUCAGCUAAAAUGGUUUCUGAAGUGGGCAUAAUAGUUGGUUCUUUUUUGAGUAAUUUAUACUCUCUGAAAUUGAUUACCCCUGGAGAAAUACAAGUGAUUGGGCAUAGUCUUGGUGCCCAGAUUGCAGGAUGGAUUGGUUUCGUUUUCGAAUGCAAAACCAAAUUUAAAAUUGAUAGAAUUACAGGUUAGUAACCAAUUAUUAGUUAUUUAUUAUGUAGUCAUAAAUAUAAAGAUAAACAAGUAGGUACCAACUUAUACAUGUUUACAGGAUGAUAAAUAUAACGUAUAGUACUCAAUUCUUAUUUGAGUAACAACGGAAUUUUUAUUCAAAAAGAUUAAAAAUAUAUUGAUCCUUAUAUGAACUACCUAGGAUAAUUCUUAUGUCCCACUGUAAUGAAGUAAAGUUAUUUUUGAAAAACCUAUCAAUAGUCCGAUAUCUUCACGCUUCGGCAAAAUGUCGCAGUAAAAAACGUCUCGUGUUCAAAAAUGUCGCGAAUACAAAAUGUCGCCACGUUAAAAAAUGUAUAAUUUUUCAAUUUUAUCUAUAUUUUUUUAAUUUGAUUUGUAUUUUUUUUCCGUACUUCAAUACGUCUAAAUAUUGACCAUUUCAUUUUUAGAUUCUGAGUGGAGUGAGGAAUGUAUUGGUUUAACAAUGAUGUUUAAUUGUUAUUAUUUUGUUUUUUUUUUUGUGAAUUAACAACUUUUCUACCAGAAAAUUCACAGAAAAUUCGUUUUUAUUUUAAAUACAGUUUCGAAAAUCAAAAAAUGACUUAUGUAUUUACCAAGUAGAUAAAAUAGACUUUCAAAAAAAGUGAUACACUUAUACAUCGGAUCAAGUUUACUAGAAUAAAAGUGGUCUACAGUAUAAAAAAAAAAUUAAAUAAAGUACCAUUGAAAAAAAAGGAAAAAAAAUUGUCUGAAGAUUUUGAAAAUUUUACCCAUCUAGUUAAGUCCAAUAUAAGUAUUAUUACCAAGUUUCAAGUCUCUACAUGUAUUUUUAAGCGAAUUACAGCAAAAAAAAACUCCUAAAAAUUAAAAACGUAUAAAAACACGUCAUCCAUGUUUUUAUAAAAUAAUGAAAUCGUACUUUAAAAAAAAAAUACUAAAUUAUUUAAAUUAUAACUUAUAUAUAAAAAAAAAAAUACUACUUUUAUAACGCAUAUGAAAAGAUAAUUUUAUUUAUCUGCCCCCCCCCCUCUCGUCUUAUUCCUAGAUCCAAAUCUAAAAACACGUAUAAUAAUAAGUGCCUGAAAAAUUCGCUAUGAAUUCACAGCCUCUAUUAUUAUUUCAAUAAUUACUUUUAAUUUUACUUUAUGGGUUUAAUGGUGCAGCAUUGGAUCCUGCCGCUCCGGGAUUCAAGAGUAAGAGGUACAUUCCAAACUAUUUCAGACCAUUAACAAUAGAUGACGCUGAGUUCGUAGACGUGAUCCACACAGCAAUAGGGAUAUUGGGAAUUAUCGAACCCGUAGGGCACGUUGAUUUUUACCCCAACUAUGGGGAAUCACCACAACCGAAUUGCAAAAAUGACAUUUUUCAAUUUCAACAAAGUAAGUAGAUAUCUAUGUAUAGUGGUUAAAAUGAACAGAAUAAAGGAGGACGGAUUCUCACUUCUUGUUUACGGCAAAAUUAUGCGUCCUUUUUAAUAUAUAAUAAUUUUUCAAAGUUUGAGGGGGGGGGGUUAACAAGAAAUGUAUUGUAAAUUUACAUUGGGUGUACAAAUUUAAUAAUUUAUUAGAUAUAACAUUAUUAUUAUCUUACAUAAGACGUAUUAGUUAUUAAUUGUUUACUGUUUACAUUAAUCAACAUCUAGCAAGAUUAGUUAUUGUUUCAUUUCAGUUUUGUCACUCUUAAGAUUUUAAAGACUGUUUGGUAUAUCAUUAAAUAAUAACUUGGUUAAGAUUUAAUCUUGUAAUAUUAUUAUAAUUUAAAUUAUCAACGUGAUAUUGAAUGUAAAUUAGUUUUUAUUUGACUUUUUAUUGAAAUAUAUAAAACUAAAACAACGUUAAAAAUUGAAUAUCCUUUUUUAACAUUUCAGGCUAAGAAUUGCAAUUCAUUUUUACUAAACAUGCAUAAUGUGUGUAGGAUCAUCUUUCUUAGGAGGAAAUGUGUUUUUACAUCCUGUUAACGUACAAUUUUUAUAAGCAAAGCUGUAUACAAGAAAAAAAAAUGAUAGAGGUUUAGACCUCGUGAGCUUCUUAAAACAGUUUGGUUAUAUAAGUAUAGACUUAGGUAAGACCUCGGGAACGUUUUUCAAACUUCAGUGACUAUCGUUUCUCUGAAACAUUAUUUUCGCUUUAACCACUGCCUAUGUAGAUGUAUCGUUAAACAAUAUUACUGUUAACCCUUUCAGUCCUGAAUUAUUUUUUUAAAUUGUGGUACGAAUUAUGUGCAUUACAAAUUUGGUAAACUUUAGACUUGCCAAGUGGGAAAUAAAGUGAUGGUUUGUACGAGGCCACUGGGUCAGUAAGGAAGUCAAAUAUUUUUUUUAUUUUUGAUCGUUGUUAUUAUGCACAAUUUUGUUACAUACAAUUUUUUAUUUAACAUAAAACUAGAUUUCAUUCAUCUUUAAUUUAUAUAUUAAAUACAUAGACCUUAGUACCUAUUAACGUAUUAUCAGGUAUAUUAUUAAAUAAUAUGAUUUAAAAUUAUAUAGUUUACAAUAACAAAAUAAGUACAAAACAGUAAACAGAAAAAAACAUACAUUUUAAAUAGGAAAAUGUUGAUACCGAUAACGCCCGGUGGCUUCUCUGAAUGCCAUAAUGUAAUCAAAUGUAAGCCAAUUCGUGGGUAUUGACAAAACGACAGCUUAUCCACAUAGAAACACCUCUUAUCGUGGAAGAAAUGAUAAAACCAGAUUUUUAAUAUCACGAUUAGUCGAGUUAUCAAUAAAAAUGAAACUGAUAUAAUGAUUUUUUAAAUUGUUUUUAUUCAAACUCGAAUAAAACUUUAUGAAUUUAUACCACAUCGUUGACAUUAAAUGCUUAAUAGAAUCUAGAUAAAAUUUACUUUUUAAAGAGAUAUAUAACGACUUUACAUGUCAUUUAGAUAAAUUAUUUACGAAACGUUUUAGUACAUGGCUUCGUACAAGGCCUAGGGGACUGAAACAGUUGUAACCGCGUGUACAAUAACAUUAAUACAUAAUCAUUCUCUAGUAAUAUGCAGUCAUCGGCAAUCGUAUCUAUAUUACGAAGAGUCCAUCAAUAAUAGUUACGAUUUGGAAAACAAUAGCUAUGUUAAAUGUUCUUCAGCAAAAGAAUUCAAAGAAGGUAAAUGUGCAAACAGCGAUUUGAAAAAUUAUUUGGGCCAUUAUGCGGAUCGCUGGUAGGUAUUAUAAUUAAAUCUUACGAAUGUGUGUUGACACAAUCCCGUUCGUAUAGAAUUUAUGCAAUUGUUUUUUUUUCGCCAAUAUUUAGAAUGAAUUUGCACGAUUUCUCAUACAUUCGCAUGACCCUUAUGUACACCAGUAAAAUCGAUUUUCCUAUUUCCGCUUCUAAUUUUGACUGUGCAAAUUGAUGCUAAUUGUAUGCUAAAAAUUGAUAAAAAAAAAAAUAAUAAUAAUAAAUUCUAAAAGGACGGAGCUGGCGUAACGCAUUUAUUGUACGAACAGUUCGAAAACGGACGUAUUAUAAUUUAUCAAAUUUGUUCUACACAUAACAGGGUAACAGGUAAAUUUUAUCGGAAUUUCAAUUCGAGACCGUUUGAAGGUGGAGAUAUGUAUGAUAGCGAUGAAGAACAAUAA